AUGAGUUCUGCAUCGAAUGGGCGCAAAAACCGCCCCAGAUCGGCCGGGAACAUCUUCCAGAUCGGCAAGCCUCCUUACCGAGACCCACAGAGGAGGGAGAGCACCGAAAGUACCCGCAAAGCCCAGCGAGCCGUGGCCGACUGCAGAAUGAUCGUCCAGGAAUUCAAUACACUCGUGGCUUUGUACCGUGAGCUUGUCAUCUCCAUUGGUGAGAUCACCGUCGACUGUCCUUCCUUACGGGCUGAAAUGCUGAAGACCCGAACUAAAGGCUGCGAAAUGGCGAGAGCUGCUCACCACAGCCUCUCCUUGAUAUCGGGGCCAGAGGAUGGGGAGAUCCACCCUGAGAUCUGUAGACUGUUCAUCCAGCUGCAGUGCUGUCUGGAGAUGUACAUCACAGAGAUGUUAAAAUCUGUCUGCUUGCUGGGAUCCCUGCAGCUCCAUCGGAAAGGUAAGGAUUCAUGUGGUCCUCCUGGGGUCGACAGUAAGACUGAGGAGAGCUCAGACAUCCCCAUCCUGGAGGACACCUCUUCCUCCCCCACUGACUGUCCUCAGCUCUGCUGGCUGGUGGCCACUGACAUAGAAAACAUAGAAAAGGAUAUGAGGGAGAUGAAGAACCUUCUCAGUAAACUCAGGGAGACAAUGCCUUUACCACUGAAGAACCAAGAUGACAGCAGUUUGCUGAACCUGACUCCCUACCCGCUUGUCCGACAGAGGAAGAGGCGGUUCUUUGGGCUCUGUUGCCUGGUAACCAGCUAAGGGCCCCGCCUUUGUGGGUAGGAGGCAGCAACAAAGACACCAUUACCCACUGUCCUUUACCACUUGUGUCUCCCACCAAUCUAUUACUGCCAUUUUCAAAUAAAUUGUCUCUUUCUUCUUUUUUUUUUUAAAGGCUGCCCAUUUUAUAAUUUUAUUUUGUAAUACAAAGAAGAAUUGUAACUGCAAUGUAAUGAAAAACAAAAGUCAUGAACAUAUAUUUUAAGAUAUUUUGCAACAGAUUCUCCCUUUUUUGGUAAAUGAAGUCAGAUAUCUGCUUGUCUAAUGUAAAAGCGAAUGAGAGGUCAUCUGAAAACAGUGUCAAUGUUCAAUUACUUCCAUAAGCCUGAGUGACUGAAAUGGCAAUUCAUGUUUUAAAAAAGGGAAUAUAAAUGUCUGUUUUGUCAGAAAUCAUGUGAUAACUUAUGAAUAGACGCCGUUCGAAUAUUUGAGGAUGGCACUUGCAAAGACAAAGUUAUAUCUUCGUCUGUCUACGCCGAGAUGACAGGUUUGUGCAGAAUAAGUUUGUUGUGUAUUACAGUCUCUGUUUUCUGUUUCUUGCUGUUUUUCUUCUCAAUGUACUUAAUUUAGUCUUCCAUAAACCAAGAACCUGUACCCAACUUAAACUUUCCAGCUUCGAAAAGGAAUAUAUGAUACACUACUCAAAAGAAAACUUCUUUGCACACAAUAUCUAUCCAUAAAUUGACAUUAGACUUGUAUAUACACAUACUCUUAACACAAUGCUCUCUGAAUUAUUUUCAAAGUUGGAGGUGGUUAGCAAAGAAUCUGCCUGUUGAUAUGAGCUGGGAGGAUUUCUCUCUGUCUGAGGCAGUCAGAGGGCAGGAAGUUUGGUUUAUUAAAGAGGUUGAUCAAUGAUUAUGGCACGGUGAAGAUACAGUAGUCAAAGCUGAUAUAGGUCAUUUUACAUUGUUAAUAAAACUUUUGUUAUUGAAACUUAA